CAGCGGCGGGCUGGGGGCUCGGCGCGCCCGGGCGUCAGUAGGGCCCGGCGACGGCGGCAGGAGUGCGUCUCAUCCCUGCCUCGGGCUUGGUUUAGCUCGCGGGCUGCUCCGGGAGGAGAGCUAGGCGAGGCGCGCCACUGGGCCCGCGGGUCGGGCGCAUGGCUUAGGGGCACCCCCACCCGCCGCGCCCCCAGCAUGGGGAAACUUCACUCCAAGCCGGCCGCCGUGUGCAAGCGCAGGGAGAGCCCGGAAGGUGACAGCUUCGCGGUGAGCGCCGCCUGGGCACGGAAAGGCAUCGAGGACUGGAUUGGGAGGCAGCGCUGUCCUGGUGUCGGCCCGGGACCCAGACAACUGCGAGCGGCGGGCACCGUUGGCAGAGGCACCCGGGAGCUCGUAGGCGAAGUUUUCCGAGAAACACUCAGCGAGGAGGAGGAGGAGGACUUUCGACUGGAAGUGGCCCUGCCGCCUGAGAAGACUGACGGGCCAGGCAGUACAGAUGAGAAGAGGAUGGAGAAAGCAAGUGAGCCUUGCCUGGGCUCCAAGAAGCAGCUGAAGUUUGAGGAGCUGCAGUGCGACGUGUCUGUGGAGGAGGACAGCCGGCAGGAGUGGACCUUCACCCUGUACGACUUUGACAACAAUGGCAAGGUCACCCGUGAGGACAUCACCAGCUUGCUGCACACCAUCUAUGAGGUGGUCGAUUCCUCCGUCAACCACUCCCCAAUAUCAAGCAAGACACUGCGGGUGAAGCUCACGGUGGCCCCUGACGGGAGCCAGAGCAAGAAGAGCAUCCUUCUCAAUCCCGCUGACCUGCAGAGCACGCGGUCCAGAGCAGAGACCAAGCCCGCUGAGGAGCUGCGCAGCUGGGAGAAGAAGCAGCGUGCCCCACUCAGGUUCCAGGGUGACAGCCGCCUGGAGCAGUCUGGCUGCUACCACCACUGCGUUGAUGAGAAUAUCGAAAGGAGAAACCACUACUUAGAUCUUGCUGGGAUAGAGAACUACACGUCCCAGUUUGGGCCGGGCUCCCCUUCAGUGGCCCAGAAGUCAGAACUGCCCCCCCGCAUCUCCAACCCCACCCGGUCUUGCUCCCACGAGCCGGAAGCCAUCCAUGGCCCACACCGAAAGCCCCAAGGCGCGGACCCAGGCUCCUUCCACUUCCUUGACACCCCAUUCACCAAGGUCUCGGAGGUCCAGCAGCAGCUCCGGGGCACCCAGGACGGGAGCAAGCACUUUGUGAGGUCCCCCAAGGCCCAGGGCAAGAGCGUGGGUGUGGGCCACAUGGCCAGAGGGGCAAGAAGCAAACCCCCUUUGGGGCCUGCUGGCUCCUCAGUGUCCCCCUCCGCCCACCUGGCCACCAGCCCGGCCCUCCUCCCCAGCCUGCCACCCCUUGGGCACAAGAAGCACAAGCACCGAGCCAAGGAGAGCCAGCAGGGGUGCCGGGGCCUGCAGCCCCCACUGGCAGCGGGCAGCGCAGUGGUGGGGCGGGACCACGUGAGGGAGCUGCCCGCCGUGGUGGUGUACGAGAGCCAGGCCGGGCAGGCGGUCCAGAGACACGAGCACCACCACCACCACGAACACCACCACCACUACCACCACUUUUACCAGACCUAGGCCCCGCUCCAGCCUGCCCCUUCCCCCGCCAUAUGAAGGAAGCCCUUUCCCCCAACGCCCCCCAAGGCAUUAUUAUUCUAUUAAUUAUUGUUAUUAUGAUUAUUGUUAUUAAUAAUUAUUGUUACUCCACUAAUAUUCCGCUAGCCUCCAUGUAGAAGGUAUAUGGAAACACAGAACUAAACUUUUAUUUAUAUGUUGUGGGGACUGCAUUACUCACCCAAGAAAUGACUCUGGGUUUGGAAGUGGCCUGUUCGAUGGCAGAGGCUCCCUCAGCUUCCUCGUGGAUCUGCCCAUACCCUUCCCAACCUCUCGUGCGAGCCCUCACCAGAACUCAGCCCCACCCCAGUCUCUCCCAGGAGAACACCCUUACUUGGCCUGGCUUCCAGAGACCCUUGGAAUCUCCGAGAAGAUAAACAGCUGCUACCUCUUA